AUGGCAUCUACCAUCAUGCCUACUUUGGAAAGUCUGCGCGAUUAUUUAGAAAAUGCGUACGAACAGCUUGACGAAAAGUAAGUUUUCUUAUUUUAAGAUUUAAUUUUAUUAGUAGAACUUUUUAAUAAAAACUUAAUAAAUUAAUUUAGGAGUGAAGAAUACCGUGAUGUUACAAGUUUUGUGCAGACACUAAAAAGUCAGCUUGAAGAACGUUUACACAAAAUAACGGCUAAAGGGUUGCUACAUGCUUGUCAACUUGUGGAUUGUAGAUUUGUUUGCCAAUUAACACCAAAUUCUUUAAAAGACGCUGUGAAGUACAUCAAGAAAAAUUUUGGACCCCUGGAGUUCGAUAGUAAUCAUUUAAAUCAAGACCAAGCACGUCCAGAAGCGGGUUCAAACAGUCAAAUUGAAGGAUUUGAUUUUUUAGACGAUGAACUGCGUGUAACGUCGCCAAUUUGUGAAGAAGUUGUUAAAACAGACGAAAGGUUGAUUGUAAGUGGCACAUUAUUAAUUAUUACUAUUAAAACAUUUAAAAGUUAUAUUGAUUUUUAAUAAUUAUUGAUCGUAGGACGAAGUAAACGAGAUGAAGGCAAUAAAGCUAAGGAACGUUAUUCCUGAAGAGUUUUGGAAGGACAACAAUGAUCGAUUCCCAAUUUUGUAUCAAGUGGCCAAAAAGGUGGUGUAUUCCACCAUCUUCUGUUCCUUCCGAACGUUUCUUCAGUCAUGCAACGAUGUUAUUCAACGACAAGCUGCGUAA